GCGCAGGAAUGGCGGACCAGCUCAUGAAGGACUUCCAGCAAUGGAACAUGGGGCGCAAGGCAGUGGACACCGCCAAGCGCUACCGCCGCCUCGUGGCGAACUUCUUGCAGAUCCAGAUGAUCGAGCACAACCUGCAGAGCUCCAUCGACAGGAUCAUCGACUGGGGCUUCAUCAACACCUUCAACCCUGAGAUCGACGGCGGUAGGCCGAGGGCAGCGCUCAAAGACUUCCGCGAGUGGAUCAACCAGUCGCGGAAGGCCAGCGGGAUCUCUGGGGCGGACGACCCCGCGGGCCCCGCGAGUUCGAAGUCGAAGGGCAAGGACCACGCGGCGAAGGAGGGCGCGAAGACGCAGGACGCGAAGGCCGCCAGGAGGGCCGCCAAGGCGGCCAAAGCGGCGAAGAGGAAGAGUAAGAAGAGGAUGAGCUUGCAGCCCAACCAGGAGGAGCUGGGCGGCCACGAGGACGGCGUGGGCGCAGGCCACAAGUUGAAGAGGCAGGUGCGGGUGGCCACCAAGGACACGGUCAUCUUGGUGCGCAGCUACAAGAGGGACCCUGGCGCCUUUUCUCUGGAGUCGCCAGCAGGGCGCCGAGCUGAGUGCAACAAGUGCGGCAUGCGCGUCGCCACGAACCUGGGCUCCCUCGCUAACGGCAAGCAGUACCCGUUCAGCCAGUUCACUGCGGAGGAGUUCUGGUGCAGCUCGUGCCAGCAGCGGCUGCAUGGCCUGAACGCCGACGAGGGCGCCAACGAGUUCGGCCAGACGGACAGGCAGUGGUACAACCGUGGCGUUUGA